AUGCCCCCAACUGCCAUCGCCCCACCUGCAGGUCCCCCGCCACCGAAAGGCGGCAGCCCCAUCAAGCCGCCAUCCGGGGCACCUCCUCUAAAACCCCCUUCAGGCGCACCCCCCAUCAAGCCCCCACCGGGCUCCCCACCUCUCAAAUCUGCUGCAGCUCCAGGGGGAAAUCUGCCAGGUCCCCCAAGCGGGCCACCUCCAGGCCCCCCUGGUCCCCCGAAGGGCCCCCCGCCCGGUCCGCCUCCGGGGCCACCGCCUGUCGAUCCCAACGACACCCCCUCCAAAACUGCGUUAACAUCACCGGAUGCUACGUCAUUACCCGCCCGAACGUUGGUGAAAAAGGGCCGCUUGCACUUCAAACUGCUCGAAGCGAGGGGGUUAACUCGUCCUGGAUCGAAGAAAGACGACGGCAAAAAAACAUUCAAGGCUGACGUGUACUGCAAACUCAAGGUGGGCGCGACCACCAAGCACAUCAAGGAGCUUAAAAGUCGCACGUGGAAGAAGAGCGGGCGGGACAUUGGGUUUCAGGAAGAAGCGUUGUCCGUGAAUUUGGACCACCCGGAGAACAUGCUCACAUCAUCGCACGACUUGCUCGUGACGGUGGACUUGUGGGACGAGAAUAUGAUUGCCGACGAGUUGCUGGGGACGUGCGACGUGUCAGUUCUUCGGUUUCUGGACGGCCACACGCACAUGCAGACCGUGCCCCUUGUGCACAUCAAGACGAGGCUUCCAGCGGGGGAAGUGGACAUGGAGUUCCGCCUAGACAUUGCCACGCCCGGCAUGCUCAGCAUCAUUGUCAUGGAGGGGCGAAAUCUGAAGAACAUGGAGCUCGUGGGCAAGCAGGAUCCGUACUGCAAGUUUGAGCACGGCGCGGCGCUGUCCAAGCGGACGAAGACCAUCGACAAGGGCGGCACGCACCCAUACUUUGGCGAAGAGGAGCUUUGUUUCUGGAUCACGAGCGAGUCGUGGGUCACCGAUAUGGUUGUGCGUGUCUUUGACGAAGACGUUGGUAGCGACGACUUUAUAGGCGAAGGGUCGUUUUCCGUGCUCACGUCGAUGCAAGUGUGUGGCCAAGGGGCGGCGGACGUGGUGCUACCCCUCACAAACGGGGGUAAAUCGGCCGGCGAGUUGUUUUGCAAAGUCCAGUUCUUUCCCGCGGGGCAUUUAACAUUGCAUUGCAUCGCCGGGCGUAAACUACGUGAUGUGGACACGGUGGGGCGGCAAGAUCCGUACUUGAAGCUGACACUGGAAGGCUCGUGCAUCAAGUCUGUGAUGCGGACGCAGAUCGACACGGACGGAGGCAAGGAGCCCGAGUGGAACCAAAUGUUCGAGUUCGACGUGGUGGAUCAGUUUACGAUGGUCGUCGAGUGCUGGGACCACGACGGGAUGGGGGACGAUGACUUGAUCGGUGAGGCCUCGGUGUCCUUGUUGCCCGUGUUCCGCUACGGGUACAUCGACGAGUGGGUACCCCUGACGUUCAGAGGCAAGUUCGGGUCGUCUCAAAAGGCCGGCGAAGUGCAUUUUGAGCUGUCGUUUGUGGCAGUUCACGGGAUUGGGUACCCCCAGCACCAGGUGGGAAUGGACACGUUUGACGAGAAGGAGCGCUUGACAAAGGACACGGCGCACUUGCGUGUGAAAGACGACGCGCCCAAACCCAUCGAAGUGGUGCCGUCGCAUGUGCUUGUCCAGCAGGCCAAGACGGCAGCGGCCCCUGACAACAAGAGCGAGUUUUCCGAAGACGACGUCCUUGGCGCGUUCAAGUUCAUCGACUUGGACAAAAACACGUUCAUCGGGGCCGCGGAGAUUCGGCAUAUUUUGAUCUGCAUGGGCGAGCUCAUCACGGACGCCGAAGUGGACGAAAUGGUGCGCAUGGUGGAUCGGGACGGCGACGGACAAGUGUCGUUCGAGGAGUUCCGGAAGCUCGUGGUGCACCCGGACCCUGGGAGCAUGGACUUUGGCAAGGAUACUGAUGACGUGGCAGUCACAGAGGUGUACCGCCGCGAAGACAUUGUCACGGACGACGACCGCAAGCGCGAGAUGGAGGUCAAGAUGCAGAAAAAGGCACUCGUGGACCGGUUCAUUGGCGACAACAACAUCACGCUGGACAUGCUGCGGCGGGUAUUUGGCCGGUUCAAAAAGUCCGACAAGGCCGGCUUGAGCUUUGAAGACUUUUACACGCUAUUUGAGGUGGAGCCCGUGGGCGAGUACAGAAAGCUCCAUGCGUUGUACGCUGGCGACAAGCUCGCAGAUAUUCGAGAGAUUCUCCUGGGCAUGAGCAACUUGCUCGAGAUUGACAAAACUAUGAAAGCCCAGUUUUGUUUUGAAAUAUACGACGACGACCACAACGGGUUCAUCACCGAGGACGAACUUGUGAAUAUCCUCAAGGCUACCCACAUGACCACGGAGGCGAAUGUGCUAAAAAAAGCCAAGACGAUCUUGAAGCAAGCCGAUUCCGACGGCGAUCACAAGAUCAACCUCGACGAAUUCCACGUGAUUUCGAAAAAGUUUCCCAACAUUAUUUUCCCGCACGUUUAA